UGACAGUCUUUAGUGCGUGUGUGUGACCAGACCGUCCGUACACUCUAUAGUCUGAUCGUACAGAGAUAUUCUCUUCUUUUCUUGUAUAACGACACCGUCACUGCUUUUACAUGCUAGGGUGUAACUGCGCGGGGGAACCUUGUGAGGUUCAGGUCUCCUCAACUGCCCUUGACGACUUCCUCCUGCAGGAUAUCACCACGCUGCCGACGGGGUGCAGUAGCGGGGCGAGCGCGGAGCACGGGCGGGCCAUGCCGGUCGUCCACCCCGAGGACAAGCCUGGUGUGUGCGCGGGCUGCGGCGGCAGGAUCGUCGACCGCUACUACCUACUGGCCGUGGACAAGCAGUGGCACCUCCACUGUCUGAAAUGCUGUGAAUGCAAACUGAGGUUGGAGUCGGAACUGACAUGUUUCGCCAAGGACGGGUCGAUAUACUGCAAACAAGACUACUACAGACGGUUUUCUGUGAAGCGAUGCGCACGGUGUCACUUGGGAAUCUCUGCCAGUGAGAUGGUGAUGCGUGCCCGGGACUUGGUGUUCCAUCUGAACUGUUUCAUGUGCGAGACGUGUAACCGUCCCCUCACCACCGGCGACCAGUUCGGGAUGCGCGGGGACACCGUGUACUGUCGCUACGACUACGAGACGCUGGUUCACGGGGAAGCCUCGCACCUGCCCCUGGGAGCCGCUUGCAGCCCGCCGCAGACCCCCACGUCUCCUACCGGGGCGCAGUUUUACAACGGCGUCGGCGCCAUACAUAAAGGCAGGCCGAGAAAACGUAAAAGUCCGGAGCCCAACGGCUACAUCCAAGGUGAUAACGACAGCGACACGUCCAGUCAUAACGACGGUUACCAGCAGGGCGGGAACAGUCCGGGGCACCAGCCACAGCGACAGAAGCGCAUGCGCACCUCCUUCAAACACCACCAACUUCGCGCCAUGAAGUCGUACUUCGCCCUGAACCACAACCCUGACGCCAAGGAUCUCAAACAACUCGCACAGAAAACAGGACUCACUAAGAGAGUCUUACAGGUCUGGUUUCAAAACGCCAGAGCGAAGUACCGCCGAAACCUCCUGCGUCAGCAGUCCGACUCACAGAGCAGCCAGAACGCCCAGAAGGACCCGAGCAUCACGGAACUACCAGCCAGCACCCCCGCCCUGGGAAACGUGGUAUCGCCCACCUCGCGUUCUUCCAACAACAACAAUGGCGGCCAGCCAAAACACGCGUCAUCCAACAUGCAGGACAUGAGCCCCACAGCGCAUGCGCCAGGCGUCAGCAUGGAGUGCCACGUGUCUCUCGCCUCGAGUAUGACGUCAUCAGAUGGACACAUGCAACCGCUCACUCAUUUGGACAUGGCGCAUGCGCACUCGCCAUCCUUGUCGACUCUAUCGCCGCCAAACAGUGCAGGACUUUCCACGCAUGCGCAGUCAUUCCUCCAGGAGAUAGGCCGGGAGUUACCUCAGACUACUAUGUGACUGGGCAUGCGCAGCUCACAAGCAAUACUAACGUUGCAUUGAAGUGAACUAUCAAAGAAGUGAACUGGAGCCGCCAUGACAAUGUUAGAAAGACGUUAGGUUAAGUAAGUAGUCAUCCGAAAAAUUACAAAAUAACGCCAUUUCAUACUACAACAACGGCAAUAAAGUCAUCGAUGUGCCAACUCUUCUUUGUUCCUCUACAACUCAAUAUUGCUUGUCAUCUACCAGUUGUAAAAAGUAGACAGAAACGUUACUCAAAUAACAAACAAUCGGUCCAAUAAACAUGUCUGUAAUGACAUUGGUUGUGCUGGAAGCAAUGGAAUCUCUCAGAGUAUGUGCAGCCCAAUGUUACAGGGGUUUGUACUCACGUGACUAUGACGUAACUGUUGUCCGCCAUGCUGGAUGGUUACACCUGAAGGUUGUCUGGCAGAUUUGAAUUUCUUUUUGUUAUUAUAUUGACAUGAUAAUGACAUAAUACAACAUACAAAUUCAUUUGUUCAACGAACGAACGAACCAACCAACCAACCAACCAACCAACCAACCAAAUAACCAACCAGCAUGAUGGUUGUGACGUCAUAUGCAAAGUCCCCUAAAAGCCACCUCACAGAUUUAGAAACAUUGCAAACACUUUUGGGCAAAUAAUUGAUUAUACACUACAAUCCUUUACGACUGUAUACUCGCACUUUGAACUGUGAAGUGGCUUAUGCCCUGAACAAUUUUGCCAAAUGAAACAAUAUUUGGAAGAUAUGCUAUUUGUUUCGUUCAUAAGUCCAGCGUUUGGGAACCAACCAACUGUAGAUGGAGCUCUCCGUGUUGUUGUGUGACUACAGUAUAUAUGAGGUUAGAGCUGAUGUAAAUAUUCCUUCACAAAUUUUAUCAUGUUGUAUGGAACAACGAGACCGAACCAACAGGCAAGCAUAUCAUGUUAACAGUCGAGAAACAGAAGACAAAUCCACAGACUAUUACAGUAUGCCAGUACGACGAAUAUUAUUCCGUCAAAUAUUACAUGUAUUACAUGUAUAGAAACUGCUUAUGUUUGCAUGCCGCUCACACGUGGCUGAAACACGUGGUUGUCACGUGCUACCGUCAUCGGUGACGUUUGUUUGCAAGCAAUUCACACGUGACUCUCACGUGCUAAUCACAUGUCACAAUCACAGGUGACGUUAUUGCACAGCGAUUCCUAAUGAGCAAGAUGCAGAUGUAUGUAGUCUUUUUCCCGUGUAUUUAUUUUGUAAAGAGAUAAAACAACGACAUUUCACAAAAUCAGUGUAAGCGUAAAUGUUGCAACUUCCUUCUUGUCGUAUUGUCAUCAAAUACAUGGUCUUUUUGUAUGGCUUAGCAUAUGAUAUUGAACUUAGCCGAUGUCGAGAACCAAUUUAUGUCACUGUUGCUUAUGAUUAUCUGGUUUUAUGACUUAAUGGAGAUGUACAAAGUUUUUCUACUUUCAUACUCUGUGUUAUGGAGGUACAUGAAGGAAAGACAGGCGCGCGCUUGUCCUGUUCUAC